AUGGCUCCAUCUCUCGAGAGUCUCCCGAGUGCCGACCGUCCCAUCUACGAUGAAGCUGAACGAGUCCGUCAAAAGUACGCCGAGGAGAGGUCGAAACGUCUACGGUCCGAGGGGGUUGACCAAUAUGUCAGCCUCAACGCCACCGAUGACCUCCGUUUGAAAGGGUUUUUGGAUGAUCCGUGGGAUGAGCACGUUGAAUCGCCGAUCCGCCUUCAAUCCGGCAAUCGAUAUCGGGUAGCCAUCAUGGGCGCUGGAUAUGGAGGGCUAUUGUAUGCUGCGCGACUGCUUGACUCGGACGCGGGCUUGACCCCCGAAGAUCUAGUGAUCAUUGACACUGCGGCCGGAUUUGGAGGAACUUGGUACUGGAAUCGCUACCCCGGCAUCAUGUGCGACACUGAGAGUUACGUCUACAUGCCGCUCCUGGAAGAGACCGGUUACAUGCCAAAGCACAAGUACGCAUACGGAGAGGAGCUGCGAGAACAUGCAGACCGAAUCGCCAAGCAGUGGAAGGUCGACGAACGGGCGAUGUUCAGGGCGGAGCUGCACCGAUGCACCUGGAAUGACGACAGUUCCGAAUGGAGCCUAGACCUGACACAGCGGUUGCCGUGCGCACACGGUGCAUCUACGAGCGGUACCAUCGUCGCUGAUUUUGUCAUAUUAUCCCCGGGGCUCCUCAACAGACCAAAGCUGCCUCUACUACCUGGGCUGGGGGACUUCAAAGGAUCGAACUUCCUCGCAGCCAGGUGGGACUACGCGGCGACGGGAGGCAGCCCAUCGUGUCAGCACCUCGACCGCCUACGGGGCAAGAGAGUUGGCAUUGUAGGGACCGGAGCCACUGCCGUGCAGCUAGUGCCGGUGCUGGCAAAAUGGUGCGACCAGCUAUACGUGUUCCAAAGAACGCCGGCGUCGGUUGACGUGCGCGGUCAGCGACAGACGGACAAGGCCGAGUGGACGACCAGCAUACAAACAGGUCCGGGCUGGCAAGAAACACGUUGUCGCAACUUUCUGUCGUUCGGGGCUAACGCCCAGCCAAGCGAGCCGGUCGACAUGGUAUCGGAUGCGUGGACCAGCUUUCCAUCCUACAGCGUCCUCACUGGAAGUCCCGCAACAACGAAAGUGACCAUGGACACGGCGGCCGAGCACGUCUCCGAGAUGCACAAGCUUGAUCUGGCUCGGUCUAACAAGGUCCGCGAGCGCGUCGACAACAUCGUCAAGGACAAAAGCACUGCUUCAAAGCUCAAGGCCUGGUACCCGGGGUGGUGCAAACGCCCCACGUUUCACGACGAGUAUCUGGAGGCGUUCAACAGAGCCAACGUGUAUCUGAUCGAUACGGAUGGUCGAGGUGUCGACCGGAUUGCUGAAACAGGAGUCGUGGCGAAUGGAACGACUCACCAGCUAGACGUCAUUGUCUUCUCUACAGGCUUCGAGGCUGGCACGUUCGGCAGCCCGGCGCGUCGCUGCGGAGCGCAGGUCUUUGGCCGCGGUGGCAAAUCCAUGGAUGAGAAAUGGAAAGACCCAAGGACUAAGGACGGGCAGAUAUCCCUGACGCUCCAUGGGAUGUGCAGCAGGGAUUUUCCCAACAUGUUUUUCACCAGUAGCGACCAGGCGGGGAUCGCUUCCAUCUUCACACCCACCUUAGACGCCUUGUCUAAGCACGUGGCCUUUAUAGUAUCCCAGAGCCUGAAGAGGCUCGAGAAGAUAAACCGCGGACUAUCAGCGACUGAGCACGUCGUCGUUGUAGAGCCUACCUCUGAGGCCGAGGCGUCGUGGGCCCACCGCGUCCUCUCGGGCGCCGCCUCUCUCGCGCCCAUGGCAGGUUGCACGCCUUCUUACUUCAACGCCGAGGCAAAGAUGGACAGCAUGCCGAUGGACGAGCAGAUCAAAGCGGCGGCGACAACGCGAUGGCCGAGAGGACUCAAUGACUUCAUGGACGUGUUGGACAGUCUGUCGAGCGCCAAUGACGACACCGACUUUGACAUUCAGAUUGUCCCGAAGUCCCUAAAUUAA